GCGACUUCAAACACAUCCUGGUGACGCAUCAUAUCCGGCCCUUUGCGUGACGCCGUAUCCGGGCAACUUUAAGCUAACAUUGAAAAUUAAAAAUGCACAUCUUGUAGCUUAUCCGACAUGUUCGUCUCAUUUCUUCGAUGUAACGAACAGUAACAUGAAGUGUUGCGCCGACUUCACUCUGCUCGUCAUCUCUUCCUCGCCAAGCAUUUAGCUCGAUAUGGCAGGACCAGUUCAUUGUUAGCUUAGCCAUGCUGUCACUCCGCUUUCACUUGUCUUCUGGGUUGCGGCUUGCUUGCGACAGGGACCACGGCUACUAGCUAGCUUGGUAGCUAGCUAGCUGAGCAUUUUCUCCAUUAUUAACGUUGUUUUGUUUUCUAGAUCUUGUUUAAACAUAUUUUCCGCACAUUUCGUUUUUCUGCCACAUUCCGCGUAAAAGCAGCGCAGCAGAAACUGCGCCUAACCGGGUUUGACACGUUAAAUUAGCCGUUAGCUCAGUUGGAUAGAUAGCCAGCCGGCUAACUUUGGGAAAACGUCCCUUUGCUGCGCAAGUUAAGUAGUAGACUUUGUUUUGACACAGACAGGGGACGUUGAGCCCAUCGACACAAGAGGGCCAGUCGCGGUCUGUGGAAGCCUUUCACCGCUCAAGAGUUUUGCUGUUUGGUUAUCUGCCACGAUGGCUUCUUCCUCUGGAAACGACGACGACCUCACAAUCCCCAGAGCAGCUAUCAACAAGAUGAUCAAAGAAACUCUCCCUAAUGUUCGAGUGGCCAACGACGCCAGGGAGCUGGUGGUGAACUGCUGCACAGAGUUCAUACACCUCAUAUCCUCAGAAGCCAAUGAAAUAUGCAACAAGUCCGACAAGAAGACCAUAUCUCCUGAGCAUGUCAUCAAUGCCCUCGAGAGUCUUGGUUUUGCAUCGUACAUCACCGAGGUGAAAGACGUCCUGCAGGAGUGUAAGACUGUGGCUCUGAAGAGGAGGAAGGCCAGCUCCCGACUGGAGAACCUGGGCAUCCCAGAGGAAGAGCUGCUCAGACAACAGCAGGAGCUGUUUGCCAAG